AUGUUCAACCCGAACAUUCGUCAAGUAUUUUACAUACUGGAACUGAUCGGAACGGUUACUUGCACUUGGCCAACAGAUCCCAAAAGUAGCAAAAAGGCGAUCGUAAUUCGCAACUUUCAAUGGCUGAUUACGAUAUUAGAUCUGAUCUUUAUGUUAGUUGUUUUAAUCCUUGGCAUCUUUCACUCUCAAAACGACAUAACUAAUUUGAUGCAGACUGCUUGUGAUUUUUUUGUUUUGAUGAAGGUGAUGUUCGAUUUGAUACUUUGUAAGAAAAACUAUGUUCAACUGCAGUUACUAAUAGGGGAAAUUAAGGCGUUCAUAGACGUGGCCAGUGACAACGAAUUUCAGAUAAUCCAAAGAUACAUGGAUCGUUACAAAUUUUUCUUCUCGAUGACCGGGAUGGGUUACAUGAUAGCUGGAAUCUCCUUCUGUGUGGCACCUUUGUUCUCUUCUCAAGAACUACCAGCUGGUGGAUGGAUUCCGUUUUCUAUCCAAUCACUCGUAGUAUACUGCACAGUUUAUGCAAUUGAAGUUUACUGGAUUUUUCAAACGGUGCUUUGCAUCGGCGUGGACUUCACGGUGGCCAUUCUCUUGAGUUUUCCUGCAGCCAAGUUGGACAUACUAGGAACGAAAUUGCAGCAUGUGACGGGCUACGACAUGUUGGUAAGCUGUGUCAAGGAACACCAAGAAAUAAUAAGAUAUGUGGACGAUACUAGUGCCGCUCUUAGGGCAUUAUUAUUCAAAGCGAACGUUACAGUGAGUUGUGCUGUGAUAUGCGGAACUAUUCCCUUGAUUUACAUGCAAUCCGUGGGCGUUGUCUGUCAGUAUCUUCCUGUGGUGGUGUCAGGCUGUGCCCAACUGUUCAUCUUCUCCUGGCCAGCAGACGAUUUAAGAGAAAGCAGUCUACGUUUCGCAAAGUCGCUAAAUGAUGUCCAAUGGUUAGGGAAACCGCGUAAAAUGAAGAGCGCCGUUAUAGUUAUGAUGCAGAGGAGUCAGAAAACGCUUCUAAUGACAAUGAGCGGUUUCCUACCACCACUUUCUUUGGAAUAUUUCGCAAGCUUUCUGAGAACAGUAUCAUCCUACUUCAUGGCAACGAAAACUAUGAUUGAGUCUUAA